AUAUCCCGAGUUAUCGUAGCCGCUGGUAAAGGCGCUGCCAAAAAGUUGCCAUCGUCGAACAAAAGUUCAUCAGCAUUGCGGCGAACUACCGCUGGGGUGCGACAGCGGCCGUAUCCAUCACAAGGAAUCCGUGUGGAAUUAGCAGCGACACCAGCCACCGCGUACGACCUUCGCUCUCGUUUUGCCAACUCUUCUCCGAAAAACACUUUGCCAGAUGCUGCACUCAAUCUUCCAGCCAACACCGAAGCACUUAUUGGA